UAACUCGUAAAAACCCUUGCUCCUAUUUGGAGAGGAAACACUGCACUACUUUCCCCUCACCAAUGGCGGCGGCGGCCUCUUCUUCCCACCUUCAAUUUCAAUCGCUCUCUUUCGCCAAAACCCUAAAUCAAUCUUCAAAGCCGAUCACUCCCAAAACCUUAAUUUCUUAUAAACCCGCUUCCAAAACACUCGCUAUCCGAGCUGUCAUAUCACAAAAACCUCCAGCAACUCAGAAAUUUCAACAUUGCUUCACCAAGAAAGACGAUGGCUAUUUGUACUGUGAGGGUCUUAAAGUUCAAGAAGUCAUGGAGGCCGUUGAAAGAAGGCCCUUUUAUCUCUACAGUAAACCUCAGAUAACUAGAAACGUCGAGGCUUAUAAGGAAGCUUUGGAGGGACUGAAUUCGAUUAUCGGAUAUGCAAUUAAAGCCAAUAACAACUUCUUGAUUUUACAACAUUUGAAGAAUUUGGGUUGUGGGGCUGUUUUGGUUAGUGGAAAUGAGCUCCGAUUGGCCAUUCGUGCUGGUUUUGAUCCUACCAGAUGCAUUUUUAAUGGAAACGGGAAGCUUUUGGAUGAUCUUGUUCUUGCUGCUCAAGAAGGCGUAUUUGUCAACAUUGACAGUGAAUUCGAUUUGGAUAACAUUGUAUCUGCUGCAAGAAUCGCAGGGAAGAAGGUUAAUGUAUUGCUUAGAAUCAAUCCGGAUGUCGACCCUCAGGUCCAUCCUUAUGUUGCAACUGGAAACAAAAACUCCAAAUUCGGUAUAAGAAACGAGAAAUUGCAAUGGUUUCUAGAUGCUGUGAAGUCAUACCCCGAUGAACUUAAACUAGUUGGCGCCCAUUGCCAUCUUGGAUCCACCAUCACCAAGGUUGACAUUUUCAGAGAUGCUGCAUCAAUCAUGGUGAAGUUUAUAGACGAAAUUCGAGCUCAAGGAUUUGAUAUUAAUUAUUUAAAUAUUGGAGGUGGUCUUGGGAUUGAUUAUUAUCAUACUGGUACUGUUCUUCCUACACCCAGGGAUCUCAUCGACACAGUUAGGGAGUUGGUUUUGUCGCGAAAUCUUAAUCUGAUAAUUGAACCUGGGAGAUCGCUAAUUGCAAAUACUUGUUGUCUUGUGAAUCGUGUCACGGGUGUGAAAACAAAUGGCACGAAGAACUUUAUUGUGAUUGAUGGAAGCAUGGCUGAACUUAUUCGCCCUAGUCUAUAUGAUGCUUAUCAACACAUAGAAUUGGUUUCACCUCCACCACAUGAUUCUGCGGUUUCAACUUUUGAUGUGGUGGGCCCCGUUUGCGAGUCGGCCGAUUUCUUGGGGAAGGACAGGGACCUUCCUUCUCCUGCCAGUGGUUCUGGGCUUGUAGUUCAUGAUGCAGGUGCAUACUGCAUGAGCAUGGCUUCAACUUACAAUCUCAAGAUGCGUCCACCUGAGUAUUGGGUUGAUGAAGAUGGAUCUGUAGCGAAAAUUAGGCAUGGGGAGACUUUUGAAGAUCAUAUGAGAUACUUUGAGGGACUCUAGAUCUAAAUUUAAACUUUCAUGGAAGGCCUUCAUCUUUUACUCAAUAGUCGAAUCAAACUCUGUUUUUGUAUCUCUGAUUCAUGAAUUUUAAGUUUUCUGAAUUCUGUUAAUGUCGAAUUCCUUUUUUUGUGAUGUUUUUAAGGUGUAGUGUAAUUCACUUGUGGGUUUUUAA